GCCGGCGGCUGUGACGGGGCAGAGCGCACGACGCCGCCGCCGCCUACGCGCGAGCCGCUACAACCUCCGACCGUCGUCGCCGCCGGCACAGGAGGGGGGCCAAGACGUCUCUCCAACGCGGGGCGAGCGCAGGACCGCGCCAGGCGUCCAAAAGAAGGAAGAUGCCUCGCGGCGACAGGGAAAGCGACUGGAGGGAAAAGGAGCAGUUCCGCAAACUGUUUAUUGGGGGCUUAAGCUUUGAAACCACAGAAGAAAGCUUGAGGAGUUACUAUGAGCAAUGGGGAAAGCUUACAGACUGUGUGGUAAUGAGGGAUCCUGCAAGCAAAAGAUCAAGGGGGUUUGGUUUUGUAACAUUCUCUUCCAUGGCUGAAGUUGAUGCAGCUAUGGCUGCAAGACCUCACACGAUUGAUGGGAGGGUGGUUGAGCCUAAGAGAGCUGUGGCUAGAGAGGAAUCUGGAAAACCUGGUGCUCAUGUUACUGUGAAAAAACUAUUUGUUGGUGGUAUUAAAGAAGACACUGAAGAGCACCACCUUCGUGACUACUUUGAGGAAUAUGGAAAAAUUGACACUAUUGAAAUCAUUACUGACAGACAGUCUGGUAAAAAGAGAGGGUUUGGAUUUGUUACAUUUGAUGACCAUGAUCCUGUGGAUAAAAUUGUAUUGCAGAAGUACCACACCAUCAAUGGCCAUAACGCAGAAGUAAGGAAAGCUCUCUCUAGACAGGAAAUGCAGGAGGUUCAAAAUUCUAGGAGUGGGAGAGGAGGGAACUUCGGUUUUGGUGAUGCUCGUGGAGGUGGUGGCAACUUUGGUCCAGGACCUGGCAGCAAUUUCAGAGGGGGAGCCGGUAAGACAGACGGAUAUGGAAGUGGCCGUGGAUUUGGUGAUGGAUAUAAUGGAUAUGGUGGAGGACCUGGAGGUGGCAACUUUGGUGGCAGUCCUGGUUAUGGAGGAGGAAGAGGAGGUUAUGGUGGAGGAGGACCUGGAUAUGGCAACCAGGGUGGGGGCUAUGGAGGUGGUUAUGACAACUAUGGAGGAGGCAAUUAUGGAAGUGGAAAUUAUAAUGAUUUUGGGAACUACAACCAACAACCUUCAAAUUACGGUCCGAUGAAGAGUGGAAAUUUUGGUGGCAGCAGGAACAUGGGUGGACCAUAUGGUGGAGGAAACUAUGGUCCAGGGGGCAGUGGAGGAAGUGGUGGAUAUGGAGGGAGGAGCCGUUACUGAGUUUCCUCAAGCAUGCCACGGCUAUGAUAUGAACCCUGGACAAGCAUAGACUGCUGCCACUGUACACUGCUACAGUUGAACAAAUGAGACCUGCAAGUGUCCAUUAGUAAAGCUUUGCAAGGGUUCCAUCCCUGGUGUUGGUAGUUAAAAUGGUAGGUCACAAGUUAAUUAAAUCAUACAACUUUAUUUUUGCAUCCUGCAACAUUUUCUUUUUUCUUGGGAGUCUGUGCAUUAUGGUGGUUGCAAGGUAAUGCAAUGAAGGUAGUUCUGUGCUGUUGAAAAUGAACUAUGUUGUUAUGUGUCUUGUCUGCUGUAAUCUAUUUUAUAUAACACAUUUCAUCCUGAAGGUUCCCAAGUAACUGUAGACUGUUUACGUGUAAGGAAAAAUUGCACCACAGAAUACAUCUGCCUCUGUGAAGGAAUGUGUCGUCCAUUCUUUUAACAACUGCAUAAGCAGUUCUUUAGGAGGGGAAGUGAAAACUUCAAAUGAAACUGCAGGUGGUAUUUCCUAAGUGUACAAUGUAUUUAUGUAAAUUGGAAUUUGGCUAGAAUGUUGAGGUUUCCACCAUUUUUUAUAGUUCUUGCAGCUAACAAACCUUAGUGCCAAAUUUAGUCAGCCUUACUCUCACUGCAUUGAAUGUUUGCACCUCAAAUUAAUGGAAAUUUAUCAAGUAAUGAAUGAGUUACUCAGAGUAAGAGUGGCAUACUCUACUAGAUUUGGUUUUUAAAUAAAAAUCAACAAAACCUACCAAAAAAAAAAGGCAACCAAAAAUGCCUUCAUUUCAAAGUUCAUUGCCUUUAAAAGGCUACCCAUU